AUGACAGCUAUCCGGCGCCGAAACACCGAUAGACACUCAGACGAAAAAGCCAUGGCGGCCACGGGUGGAGGGAAAAUUAGAAGCAGGAGAUAUCAUAUCGCCUCUAAACCUUACGCCAAGAAUAAACAGCAACAGUCAGGCCUCAUCAGUCGAGUGACAGACACAGUAAAGAGCAUCGUUCCUUCCUGGCUGCAGAAAUACUUCAAGAGUGAAGAUGCUCCUGAAGAAGGAGGAUCUGUACUGGAGACAGACCAGAACUGCCAGCCACCACCUCCUCCUAAUGGCAGCGAAGAAGAAGGACCUUCUCCCCUUGGAUGCGACUCCCCGGAGCCAAGCACCAGUUACACAGAGCCCUCAACCAGCAGGGCAUCCCUAAACUUUCAGGACUAUGUGCUUUCUCGUCCUCCACUGAGUCGUUCGCACCAUCACUUUCCUCCGCUGGAGGCCUCCUCCCCAACCCUGGGGGCCUCCAGCAGCCUUUUCUCCCAACCCUCCACCUCCUCUGCCCCUGGACCCUUUUCCACAGGCUUCUCCUUGGUCAAAGAAAUCAAGGACAACCUCUCGCAGCAUGAAGAUGACAACAUCUCGACCACUAGCGGCUUCUCCUCACGAGCCUCAGACAAAGAUGUCCCCACUUCCAAAACGGCAUCACUUCCUCAACUUUGGUCCCCAGAGAUGGACAGAACACAGUCUGGGCCUCAACCUGCCCAGUCCAGUCUUAGAAAGCCUUCUUUCAACCUUUCUGUAUUUGGAACUUCCAAUUCAUCAUUAAACAGCACAGUACUAAACUCCAGCCAGCUCGGAGAUUCACCCUACUAUCCUGGGAAGACCAUGUAUGGUGGGGCAGCUGCAGUCAGGACCUCCCGUGCUCGUCCUGGAACCCCAUAUCAGGCCCCCCCAGUGAGGAGACAGAUCAAGGCCAAGCCUGCUGGUGCUCAACCCUGUGGGGUGACCAGCGCCUUAGCGAGACGCAUCCUUCAGUCCUUGGAGCGAAUGUCGAGCCCCCUGGCUGAUGCUCGGAGAAUCCCAGCAGCAGCCUCGUCCCCCUUGUCAGCAUCAAUGGAUGGCACAAAUCUAGAUGUUUCACAUUUCCAAGCAAAAAAGAAACGUAUGGAUUCCUCCCUCCCACCGGUGCAGAAGCUGGUGGUUCCUGUUGCAGCGUUGGUGUCAGGAAACCGUUCUGUGUCCUUUAGGCCAACUUUAACUCCAGGAGGAGUGAGCAGAACUCUUGACAGGACCCCAAAAGAGACGCCUACAAGACAAUCACCACAACUACCUGAAGUAACCCCAGGUCCAUCUCGAAGCACAAUGAUUUCCAGUGGCCCAGCCUAUCCUCUGUCCAGCACGCCUGCAGCCAGCAGCGUGAGCUCUGGAGGGGGCAAGAUGAAGAGAGAGAGGACCAGUACACGGCCUUCCUCUAAACGCCCUGAAGAGGAAGAGGUGGCUCAAGUACUGGACCUACCAACCAUUUCACUUCCCAUCAGCUCCUCUGCCUUGCCUACCUUCAGCUUCUCCUCCCCUCUUCCCCCUCUCACCACCUCCACCACCAACAGCACGGCUCCCAACCUCACGCAUGUGACUCCCGCUAAGGAAACUGUCACAAAUAAGGAACCACCAACGGCCUCGACACCUCCCUCUGUACCUUUUACAUUUUCCUCCCCUAUUGUCAAAGCGACUGCUUCUAGUCCUCCUUCUUUUUCCCCCUCAGCUGGAUUCACUUUUAGUGCACCUGUAGCAAAGUUAGGACCCUCCAUGUCUAAUGGGAAGCUUGCCUAUCCCAUAGUUGCAGCAGUGAAGUUUGCAACAAGCAAAAGCACUGAAGAUUUUGAAGGGCCUUUCAAGCCAGCCAAGGCCCUGAAGCAGGGCAGUGUUUUGGAUCUUCUUAAGGCACCUGGCUUUGCUUCUCCUGUUGCUCAGACUUCCCCAGGCCCAGUCGGCAAUCUGCUGCAGACCUCCACACUAUCCACAGCCCCUUCCUCCAUUACCAUCACCACCUCCUCCUCCUCCUCAACAAGAUUUGGCGAUGUGUUCAAAGCCCCACCAGGCUGGGGCUGUGAUGUCUGCUUGGUGCAGAACAAGCCAUCAGACACCAAAUGCGUUUGCUGUAUGGCCCCACAGCCGUCCUCAGCCAAAUCUAUGGACAGUAAACCUUCAACGGCCACCUCGGUUGGGCGAGAGAGCAGCGGCAAGAACACCACCACUACAACUACUGCAGGUUUUGGCAUAAUGUUCUCCAACCCGGCAGGAACUUGGGACUGUGACACAUGCCUGGUUCUAAACAAACCUGAUGCAGUAAAGUGUGUGGCCUGUGAAACAGCCAAACCUGGGACAGGGCUUAAACCCUCACUGACUCUUCCGUCUGCCUUCUCAGCUAUAUCCCCACCUACAGCCCCUGUUUCUACAGGGUUCAUCGGAUUUGGAGACAAGUUCAAAAAACCUGCGGAUGCAUGGGAAUGUGAUACAUGUUUGGUAGAAAACAAGGCUGAGGACACAAAGUGUGUGGCUUGCACCAGCACUAAACCAGGAGCUUCAGCGGGAGCCUCUUCUUCAGCCAGCAAUGCUCAGGUGUUUGGGUUGGCGUUCAAGAUGCCAGAAGGUGCCUGGGAUUGUGAUGUCUGUCUUGUACAGAAUAAGGCUGCAGAUGUCCAGUGUGUUGCCUGUCAGGCAGUCAAACCUGGAGCUAAAGUGGAGCCCAAAGCUUUUGGUUCAUCAGCUGCCGUGACUUCAGGCUCUAAUUCUGGAAAUUUUAAGUUUGGUACAUCAGACAGUACUUCGGGAAAUGAAUCUGUAGGUUUCAAGUUUGGAGGCUCAUUGACAGAAUCCUCCUCUUCAUCUUCAUCAGGUGGAUUCAAAUUUGGAGUCCCAUUUGGAAGCUCCUCAUCAGAAACCUCUUCUAAAGACACUACUGCCUCAACGGGGUUCAAAUUUGGCAACUCAUCUGAGGGCUUUAAAUUUGGGACUGCCUCUAGUGAUGACAAAAAGUCAGACCAAUCUGCUGCAGGUUCUGGGUUUAAGUUUGGAGCAAGCGGUGGGAUACUAUUUGGAACUGGCUCAUCUAGCACAGAAAGUAACUCCUCCAAGGGCGGCUUCACAUUUGGACUCUCAAAACCAGAGGAGAAAACACCAGACACUACCACCAACCCAUCCUCUCGUAGUUGUACUCCUCCUGCACCCUCUCAGGAGAAAAGUGAGGUUGCUGCAUCGUCAAAUGACACCACAUCCACAUCCACCACUAGGUCGGUAUUUGGGAGUUUGGCGACCACCACACCACAAGGGGGCUCUACUUUUGGAACCUUACAAACAGACAAAGAGCCAGCUGCGCCCACGUUUACUUUUGGAAAGCCAGAGGAAAAGAAGGAAGCCGCUACCUCCUCGACUCCAUCUGCCUUCCUCUUCGGUGCUGCUAGUAAAGAGACAGAUGCUGCUGCACCAGCAGCGGCCACCUCAGGAGGCUUUUCCUUUAGCAAGCCCAGUGCUCCAACAGAACAACCUCCACCCGCCUAUAAUUUUGGCAAGCCAGCAGACAAGAGUGAAACUGCAGAGGCCCCAAAGCCGUCUUUUAGCUUUGGACAAAGUGCUGCAGAUUCUUCAACUGCUCCAAAACAAGCAUUUUCCUUUAUGGUUGGCAAUCCUACCAACCUAGUCAACUCCACCACUUCGUCAUCCACCACCCCGACGCCCAGUCUGUUCGGCACCACCACCAGCACCAGCAGCAGCGGCAACAGUUCCACUCAAGCUCCUGCUCCUGCUGCAGCUCCUAGCACUUUCAUGUUCGGUCAAACUGCUGCAACAUCCAAUGAAGCUCCACCAGCUAAGGCCUUUGUCUUUGGCCAGAGUCAGGACAGCCAGCCACCUGCCCCGUCAGCUGCCCCUCUGAACUCUACUCCCGUUCCAGCUCAGCCCUUUAUCUUUGGUGCUCCUGCCAGUGCUGCUGCUGCUCCUGCCAGUGCUGCUGCUGCUCCUCCAACCUUCGGCUUUGGAGCAGCAGCAUCCACUGCUGCCUCAACUACAGCUCCAUCUGCAGCUCCCUCACCAUUUGCAUUCAGCUCGGCCCCCUCUGGUGGAUUUGGGGCCAAUCAGACUUCUUCAUUCGGUUCCUCCUUUGGAUCCCCCUUCCCAUCCACACCGUCCCAGCCCCCAGCCUUCGGAGCCAAACCCAACGCCACACCUGUCUUUGGACAGCAGACCAACUCCACACCUGUAUUUGGGACAGCUGCUAAUUCUGCACAAGCUGGAGGCUUUCAGUUUGGAGGAGCCAGUGCAUUCGGAGCCACAAACAACACCUCAGGAGGAGUGUUUACUUUUGGAGCAGGAUCAGCAGCUUCUCCUGGCCCCCCUGCAAACCCCUCUAUCGCACCCCAGUCAGGACCCCCUGGAGGUGGAUUUACUUUUUCACAACCCCCACCAUUCAAUAUUGGGUCAGCGAAAUCCUUCACCGCCCCUCCUGCUGGACCGCAAGCGAUUGCUGGGCGCAAGAUCAAGACAGCGGUGCGGCGCAGAAAGUAGAGCCACGUGGACUCGACUAUAAUGAAGACGUGACUUUGACUUGACUGUAUCCCCACUGAAGGCUGAAUAAAGUCCUGGAAGGUCUCAGCUAAACGAACACUGAAAUGAUUAGGCAUGUGAAGAAGGGCCGAGGCUCGGGGCCACUUUGUGCUCGGGCUGGACGGGUGUGCGUGUUUUAGCUCUAGGCUGAGCUGAUCAUUCAGAGAUUUUCACCGGAGCCGUUAACAUGUGAGACUAAUCCCACAGGACUUCACAUGAGAAACUGUUGACUGAACAAUGAGACUGACUUAGAAAAGAACAAUCAAGCAAAGACCCAUUCUCAACACCAUGAAACAAGACCGUUAUAUCUAUAUUUUCAACACUGGCAAAUGUCUGCUAGACUUUAGGCAUGACUUUUUGUAAGAAAAUUACAAAGGCAAAAACUGCAAAAUGUAGAGUUGUGAGUGUACACAAAAGCCUAUUAAUUAGUAUGGGUGAUCAGGUUAUGUGCUGUG